UGCUAAUACAUUUGUUAAACUGAUACACUGUAAACCUCUUCUCACACGCGUCUGAGACCUUUAGAUCCCCAUUGAAGCCUCUCUGCAAGGGAUCCAACAACGCGUUUAGGGUUUCUCAGGUGGAGAAGAGUCUCUCUCCUUCGCAUUCUCUCAUCUCUACCUCCCUCUCGAUCUAAUCUCGCUCGUUGUUCUUAUCUGUUGGAAAGCUAUCUCAAGUUCGAGUCUUUGGGGUUAUAUAAUCAAAAGGAACUCUCUUUCUGAUCAUGGACACUCUUAUGUAUCUCCUAGAACCUGCUCCAGCCACUCUCAUCUUGACAGCUGUCUCCGUGACGUUUGCAUCUGCUUUCCGUGCACUUAACUACGCCAAAGAGAUGGAGAGGAACCGUGACUUCUCCGAAGCUUCCAUCACGCUAGACACCUCUCAGGCCUUGAUGAUCCCUGUCAUGAGCUCUUGCAGUUUGCUUCUCAUGUUCUAUCUCUUCUCCUCUGUCUCUCAGCUCCUCACCGCCUUCACAGCAGUUGCAUCCGUCUGCUCUCUCUUCUUCUGGCUAUCGCCGUAUGCCUUGUACGUCAAGUCUCAGCUCGGUCUCUCUGAUCCUUUCCUCUCGCGCUGCUGCUCUAAGUCUUUUACAAGGAUGCAAGGGUUGCUGCUGGUGGGUUGUGUGAUGACUGUUGUGGCGUGGCUUGUCUCUGGUCAUUGGGUGCUGAACAAUCUGCUUGGGAUAUCCAUUUGUAUUGCGUUUGUUAGCCAUGUUCGUCUUCCUAAUAUCAAAACGUGCGCUAUGCUUCUUGUGUGUCUCUUUGUGUAUGACAUCUUCUGGGUUUUCUUCUCUGAGAGGUUCUUUGGUGCGAACGUUAUGGUGUCCGUGGCUACUCAGCAAGCGUCUAACCCGGUUCAUACGGUAGCCAACAGUUUGAAUCUUCCUGGACUGGAAAUGAUCACAAAGAAACUGGAGCUGCCGGUGAAGAUAGUGUUUCCAAGGAACCUAUUGGGCGGUGUGGUGCCUGGUGUGAGUGCAUCAGAGUUCAUGAUGCUUGGUCUUGGUGACAUGGCUAUUCCUGCAAUGCUUUUGGCUUUGGUUCUCUGUUUUGACUAUAGGAAAACUAGAGAUGUGGUGAAUCUUUGUGAUCUAAAAUCUUCAAAGGGACAUAAAUACAUAUGGUAUGCUCUUCCUGGGUACGCCAUUGGUUUGGUCUCGGCUCUAGCUGCAGGUGUAUUGACCCACUCACCUCAGCCAGCUCUACUUUAUCUGGUACCAUCUACAUUAGGACCGGUGAUCUUCAUGUCAUGGCGUAGAAAGGAUCUUGCGGAGCUGUGGGAAGGACCAGCAGUAUCCAAUCCCAUUGAGAAAUCUCAUGAAGUAGAGAUCUGAGUUUAACAUCAAUCAAACAUAGCUCAGAAACAUUAAAACAUUAAAACACAAAGACGUUAAGUAGAGCGAUAUCAGAUCACGUGCUCUUUGUGUUCUCAAGUUAAAAAAAAAAACAGAAGUAUUAUAUCUCAUUUCAUUGCAACA